GCCCAGUAUGGAUUCAAUUUUCAAUGACGGAGGAGGAGAAUAAACGAGCCAAAAUGUGGUUUUACAGGAGAACCCAAUUCCCUGGCGUUAUUAUGUGUGUGGACGACACGCACAUUAAAAUACUUCCUCCUGCAGGCGAACCGUAUUUGUACUACAAUCGUAAGGGAUACUACAGCCUAAAUGCAAAUGUGAUUUGCGAUCACAAGAUGCAAAUAAGGUGUGUUGAUGCUCGGUUUCCAGGCAGUAGCCACGACUCACAUGUGUGGAAUGUAAGCGCUGCAAAAACCAAUUUUGAAGAGAGAUAUCGGCAAGGAGACAAAACAACUUGGAUAUUAGGCGAUGCUGGGUAUCCAUUACAGCCGUGGUUAAUUACACCAUUCCGUUCUCCUGUGGCAGGAAGUCGAGAAAGCGCCUUCAACAAAACGCACAGUAAAGCGCGCAACAUAGUCGAGAGAGUCAUCGGCGUUUUGAAAAAUAGAUUUCGAUGCCUGCUCAGUGUUAGCCAACUACAUUAUUCGCCCCAAAAAGUGGUACAAAUAAUUAAUGUGGUAUGCGCAUUGCAUAACAUGUGCACCCACUACAACGUGGAAGAUAAUACGCCUGAUAUUAUGGAUGAUGAAUAUGAAGAUGUUAAUGAAGAGGAAGCGCCAUCAGAAUUUUCCAGAGAAGCGUCAGUCAUACGAAUGCGAAUUUUGAGAUCAUUACCUAACUAA